AUGACUCUCCGUCAUGCUGCUGCAACGGAUGGCACGGUGUUCCCAGUCCGCAUCACCACAUUCCCAAACAACCUUCAUUUCAUGAUCCAGAAUGAAGACGCCGGGGGUUACCGUGAGCCUGGUCCGAAUAAGAGACAAUGUGAAUGCGGUGUUAAUACCAUUGCGGAUAUAAUAGGUAAAAGCGGCGAAACUUGCUUUGCCAGUGUUACGUGCCGGGCGUUGGAAAAUGUAAGGCUCAUCGAGGCCUUUUUUAGACGGCGUCAGUUCUCUCCGUGGGGCUGUUACUAUCCUAAAUUGAACAAAAAAUGA